CCCUUCUCCUACCUAAACCCUGCGGCGGAAUCAGAACCUGCCCCAGGCCGGAACUCUAGGUCGAGAUUUCGCGUCGCUCGCCGGACGUAGUUCGGGAGUGGAACCGGAAGAAAGGCGGAGGACUUCCGCUUGUCCCUUUUCCCGCUCCGUCGCUCGCCGUUUGUGUCGCUUCACUCCAGGGACGCCCCAUGGCUGCCACUGUGGACUUCAAAACAUACGUGGAUCAAGCUUGCAAAGCCGCUGAAGAAUUUACAAACAUCUAUUAUGACACCAUGGAUAAAAGGCGGCGGGUGUUGACCAGAAUGUACUUGGACAAAGCGACAUUAGUGUGGAACGGGAAUGCGGUCUCUGGGCAAGAGGGACUGGCUGACUUUUUUGAAACGCUGCCUUCCAGUGAGUUUCACGUGAGCGUGUUUGACUGCCAACCUGUUCACGAGCAAGCGACCCAGAGCCAGGCGACCGUCCUCGUCGUCACGUCCGGGAUCGUAAAAUUCGAAGGGAGCAAGAUGCAGACCUUCAACCAGAACUUCUUGCUAACGGCACAGACUACAAACAACAAUACGGUCUGGAAGAUUGCGAGCGACUGCUUUCGCUCCCACGACGUGGCGAGCUAGCGGGCCGUUUAAGAAGUGGUCGCUUUGGACAACAGACUCCGUUGCGGGAACGGCCAGAGACUGGAUGCGGGGCACCCCUCCCCCGCCCCCCACUCCCUCUGCUCUUUUGGAAAUCGUCAGGAAUUCCUGAUUCCAUGAUAAUAAAAUAUUAUUUUGAACCAUGUUUAAAAUGGGAAAAACCUUCCGUGCCUUCAAGAUAUUGGUAAGCCACAUCACUGAGAUGCCGGGGAAGCCCUUCUUCCAGGUGUUCAUAUUGUUAGAUUGUUCGUGUAGUGUUGAAGUCAGUCCAGGAAAAGUCUCUAGGUUCUGCGGAAGGCUCUCCUACAGUAGCGUAUUCCACGUUCCAUGCGAGUUGGACACAGCCUCUCCUCCACGUUUUUGCACCACCCCAGUCAGUGCGAAGAGCACCGUCACUCUCAAGUUGUAUGUAUUUCUAUGAGAAAUUAAAAAAAUAUGUCUGUAGCUAUGGCAGAAAAA